UCAUCUUCCAUUAAACACAGUUCUAGAUGGAUAUAAAUCUUAUUGUGUAACUCUACGUGAUUUGUAUAUUCGUCUCGAUUACACAUGUUUUCUUGAAGAUCUCAUUGAAUAUGUACCAAAUCUUGAACAAUUAUCAGUUCAUUUAGAAAAUUUGAAACGUGAUGAUGAAUCUUAUGAUGAAAAUAUUCAAAGUCCGAUACUAACAGAUGGAAAUUGGUUUAACAAAGUGCCAAAAUUGAAAUGUUUUACCUUGAAGAGCUCUGCUUACAAUGAUUUGGAAUUUGCUUAUUUAAAAUGGCUUCUUAACAACAUUAAUCAUGUUAUAAAACUUGAAAUUCAUUUAUACAGUAUUAGAAUAUGGAGAAAAGAGCAGAGAAUACGGAAAUCUUUUAUUGAUGCAAAUUUUAUUCGUCAAUAUUGUUUGCCUGAUAAAAUAAUUAAUUUAAGAGAUUUUUAUUUUUAUAUUCGUGCAGAAUGUCAAUUAUCAUUAAAUAAUAUCGAGAAAAUAAUAAAUUCAUUUAAAAUUGAUUCAUUUUUUAUUUCACAUCAAUGGACAAAUGUUAAAUGUUUUUAUGAUGAAUGUCUAUCAUAUCAACAUAUUUUUUCUUCAAAUCUCAACAAAUUUCAAUAUUGCGAUCUUUUAAUUAAUUAUCCAUGUGUAUAUGAUUGGUCACCUACUACUAAAGAUAUUAGUAUUUAUUUAGAUUCAUCAGUUUAUGUAUUUCUUGAACAAUUUGAUAAAUUAUGUACUAAUGUUUCUGAUAUUACAAUUAAUGAAGACCCUUGUGAUGAAUUAAUAGAAGAAGACAAAGCACUUGCAAUAGUAUUUUCUAGUAUUAUUUCGAUGACUGUACAACUGAAAUAUAUUUUUAUUGACAGAUUUGAAUGGUUCUUAUAUAUUAUACGAUAUGCUUUUGAUAUCUCGUUAAAAAAUGCAUUACGUACUAUUCGUCAUGCUGAAUUUCGUAUUUCAAGUUGCAAUGUUGGUUAUAAUGAAUCAGUUCAUAUCGGAAAAUAUCUUGUACCACUUCUUAGUACUUAUAUGCCUCAUUUACAGACAUUAUGUCUUUGGAGACCGGAUGAUUUUCCUUGGACAUCCAAUCAACACGUAAUUAUUUUUGAAGAAGAUCUCUGUCAAUUAAUAAAACGAUUAAAACAACUUGUCUAUUUGAAUAUUUAUGGUAGAAUUCGAUAUGAAAAAGUUGAAUCUUAUCGUUUAAUGGUUCAAAGACGUUUUCCAAAUAGUCGAUUCGAUAUUGAAAUAUCAAGAUUUCGUCUUUGGCGCUAA